AGAGUACACCACAAGAGGACACUGUUGAUCCUGUAAAUGGCGUUUCCACGACCCUUCUACGGCUGAAAUGUUUUGAAAGUACUGCGUGAUACUGAAAUAAUGCCAGAUAUUAACCAACAGUUGUCAUAUCCCUCCUUAAAUGAAAGAAAAACAGUAUAAAAAUGGACUUGAAUGUGAUCAGUUUCAGAAUUGACACUCUUCCAUCUGUAUCCCACCAAGGCCUGCAGGAUUGUGAUGUGAGAAUGGCAUGUCAUUGACUGUGCAGCAAUUACUGAGUGCUUAAUGAAGCACACACAGUACACAUCUGAUUCAGCAUCAUGGAGCAUAGCUCAAGGCCAGAGGUGAAGCUGAACCUCAUGAAUGGUGCCCUAGUGCAUGCCAGACCUAAACCCCAGGAGAGAGAGCAGUGGGCCAAUAAGCUGGAGUUUCUCUUGGCAGUGGCAGGGCACAUCAUUGGCCUGGGAAAUGUGUGGCGCUUUCCUUACUUGUGCUACAAGAAUGGAGGAGGGGAAAACAGCCCAAUGAGGCUAUGGACACAGUUGUAUAACUGUGAGCUCACACUUAUGUGAAGAUGUACAAGAACCUCAGUGGGGCAUUUUUUGUGCCAUAUGUGCUGUUUCUCUUCACCUGUGGGAUUCCACUUUUCUUUUUGGAGACGUCACUGGGUCAGUUCACCAGUCAGGGUGGAAUCACAUGCUGGAGGAAGAUCUGUCCACUGUUUGAAGGCCUUGGUUAUGGUAGCCAAGUUGUUGUCCUCUAUACUGGAGUCUAUUACAUCAUAAUUCUUGCUUGGGCUUUUCUUUACCUCUUCUCAUCCUUUAGUUCAGAGCUGCCGUGGGCUAGCUGCAAAAACUACUGGAACACAGAGAACUGCAAAGAGUUCAGCAAGAGCAACAUUACUGAAUAUUCUCCAGAGAAAACCACAUCCCCUGUUAUUGAGUUUUGGGAGAGAAGAAUUUUGGGUUUGUCUGAGGGAAUAGAACAGAUUGGUAAUGUUAGAUGGGACUUGGCACUCUGCCUCCUGUUGGCCUGGAUCAUCUGCUACUUCUGUGUGUGGAAGGGAGUGAAGUCCACAGGCAAGGUGGUCUACUUCACUGCUACUUUUCCCUAUUUAAUGUUGGUAGUGCUGCUGGUCCGUGGACUUACUCUUCCUGGAGCGAAGAAUGGCAUCAUAUACUACCUCUACCCUGAUCCAACACGUCUCACAGACCCACAGGUGUGGAUGGAUGCAGGCAGUCAGAUAUUUUACUCCUAUGGAGUUUGUACAGGAGUACUGACUGCUUUGGGAAGCUACAACAAAUAUGACAACAACUGCUACAGAGACUGUGUAUAUUUGUGUCUGCUCAACAGCUUAACUAGCUUUGUGGCUGGUUUUGCUAUAUUUUCAGUCCUGGGCUUCAUGGCAGAUGAACAGGGAAUGGAUAUUUCAAUGGUUGCAGAGUCAGGUCCUGGAUUGGCAUUCAUUGCUUAUCCCCGUGCUGUGGCUUUGAUGCCACUGCCUCAGUUAUGGGCAAUCUUCUUCUUUAUCAUGAUCAUAUUCUUGGGACUGGAUAGUGAGUUUGUGUAUCAUGAAGCCCUGGUAACAGCUAUCUCGGAUAUGUAUCCCUCCUUCUUCCAAAUUGGACAUCGGCGUAAAUUUCUUCUCCUCUUCAUAUGUGCUGCCAGCUUCCUUUUUGGUCUACUGAUGGUAACAGAGGGUGGCCUGUAUGUCUUCCAGCUUUUUGACUAUUACGCAUGUAGUGGAAUGACUCUUCUUACUUUUGCCAUCCUUCAGUCCAUCUGUGUUGGAUGGGUAUAUGGUGCAGACCGUCUCUAUGAUAGCAUUGAGGAUAUGAUUGGAUAUCGGCCCUGGCCCUUCAUGAAGUGCUGCUGGAAAUAUCUAACACCAGCUAUAUGCACAGGAACGUUUAUCUUCUCGUUGGUUAAAUACACCCCUCUGAAGUUCAACAAUGUGUAUGAAUACCCCUGGUGGGGUUAUGCGAUUGGUGGCUUCUUCACCCUUUCCUCCACCCUGCUAGUUCCACUGUGGAUGAUUUUUUUGGUUGUCACCACUCCAGGGUCUAUGCGACAGAGAGUAAGAGUCUUGUGUACUGCCGCUGAAGACCUGCCAGAUCCUAAACGUCCAAAACAAAAGUUAAAUACAGUUGCUUUUGAGACCUUCACAGACCUAUUGACUUUACGAACUGUUCACACACCCAGCUCAUUACCUCUCAGAGACAUUUGACAUUUUUGGCCUCUGUCAAACAUUGUUGACCCACUGUCAUUUAAUUGGUAUCGUAAUGAACAUCAUAUGAUGGUUAAGUAUAAUAAUGUUUAUCAAAGCAACAGUUUAUUCAAUUUAUCUUACAGUUAAAUGAAAGAGUUCAUAUGGGGAGUAAAUUAUUAUAUAUGUGAAUUCUGACUGAAUUGACAGGACAAGGCUUGUUUGCUUUUUAUAAAUGCAUUAAAGUGUUACCUCAAAAAGGGUCUUGAAGGCCACCUGUUACCAGGGUUGCCAGGUCUGCGUAACAAAACUAGCCCAAUGGCCAAUUAAAUAAUAGCCCAAAAGUUGCUCAGUGACCAUAUCCCAAAUAUCAAAAUUCAUACCUAAAAUACAUAAUUUACAGUCACUCUUAUGCAAAUUAAAAACCACUACAUUGUAGUGAUCAUGAACACAGCUCAAAGGACUCCUUACCAGUGUUCCUCCUUCACAAAACUCAACAUCUAGAACAAUUUUAUCAUUGGUAGAAUUUAAAAUAUUUCAUUAUAAACAUUUCAGUCAAAUAUAAUUUAUGAAAUAUGUAAAACCUCAGAGGGAAAACUUGCGGACUUGGCAACCCUGCCUGUUACACGUUUCAGCUUCCCCUUUAAGAGUGGAGUGUGUUUUUCUGACAUGUAAAACAAAAAUGUAUACAAUGUGAAAAUUACAAGUUAGAGUUAGUAGGCCUGUACAAUUGUACAAAAUUGUUAUUUCUGUGAUCACCUUUUUUUUUUUUUUUUUUUUUUUACAAAAUUAAAAUUUUAACAAUUGUGUUAUUUGUUUUUUUACUUUUAUGUGAUUAUUUAUUCUGUUAUGGUUCGGUUAGACAAAAUAUGCAAUAUCGCCAUCUGCUGGCUAACUAAUGACAUUACAGCAAAGACAUUGACUCGUCAAUAAAUUACAAACAUCAUAAAUUUAGGCUUAAACAGAGAAAAAGCUUUUUUUAUUAUUUAUUUUUUUUAUGGACGGGAAAGAAUUUUCCUGCUUCAUUUUAUAUAUAUAUAUAUAUAUGCAGUUAACACAGACAUUUUGAUAACUUGAUGUUAAAACUAAGAAAUAUGAAGAAUUAAGAAAGCUUGUCCAUAAAUAAAUGAAUGCACACUGCAGGACAUUAGAAGUGUAUUUCUGUCUUCAUGCAAGUGCAUUACUAUCCUCUUGUUAUGCGAGGCUUUGUUAGAUUGCUCCAUCUACUGGACAAUAGUAGACCCAGGGCUGUGACCACCACAGACACCAAUAUUCAGAUUAGUGGUUGACCAAUUUAAGUUUUCAAUGAGUGAUUGUUACAUUUGGUCCCUGCAAAUGUAAGGGACAAACACUGCUUUCCUUAAUCUAUUGUACGUACAUUUUUAUAUUUUCAAUCAAUGUGAAACAAGGUCUGCUAAAAUGUGCUAUGGCAUAAACAUAUUAUCUGUUGCUAA